UCGAAGAGCAUGGCUGGUGAAAAGAGUGCGACCCAGCUUCAGUUCAUGAGAGCCUCCACCACUGUCCGUCUUCGAGACCUUUAUGAUCCCAAGCCUCAACCUCCCAAGGCACCCGUCCGGAUCCGCCCGCCAAGUCCGAGAACUCCCUCCGUAAAGGAACCUCUUUUGAGCCAAGGCAUUCCCAGCGAUCUUCCAACUAAGACAAUCAUGAGGAGACGAGCUCAAUCUCUUACUUCAUCUGCAGAGAGGAAGAGGGAGCUUAGAAGGCUGCAGGUUCGCUUUGUGGACUCACUGGGCCUUCAGCUAGAGGAAGUUAAGGUCUUUAAAGUUCAAGAAAAACCCCUAAUACCGCAACAUGUCAUGUUCAGGCUGCUGAUGAGCUCUGAAUGGACUUUCGGCAAGUCAAUGGAGCUGUCUUUGCCUUAUUUCAAACCCUGCUUUCCUGAAAACAUGGGAGCCCAGCCAGAUUUUCUGAAGCAUCUCUGCUCUCAGACGGUGUGUUUGGAGCAGGUUGUGUGUUCAGAUCAGGGGAUAGCAGGCACAAUACAGGUACUGAAUUUAGCUUAUGAGAAACAGGUCACGGUGCACUACUCUUUCACCAACUGGAGAACGCAUUCAGACACAAAGGCAUCCUGGGUAUCGAGUGGGCACUGGGGGGAGUCGAAUGCUCCAGAAACAGACAUCUUCAGGUUUCAUCUGCCCGUCCCGCCCUUCAUCAUGCAGCCAGGAGCCAUGCUGGAAUUUGCAAUCUGCUAUCACGUAAAAGGAUGUGAUUACUGGGACAACAACAACGGCCACAAUUACAAACUGUCAUGCCACAGCUACAAAGUGACUGUGCCAAGGGAGUGUGAAGACAGCAUGCUGCAUUUUACCUGAAUGUCCACAUGGGGGAGCUGCAACACCCGACAAAAAACUCAACUUCCUCUACAGCAACUCUUAGUAUAAUAACCCUCAUGUAUGAAGUGCUGGGAUGUAAGUAAAUGCAAUUACUUUAGUUCAGUUGCAAUUUUACAGAGGCAAGUCUAUCAUGCUU